GUGGGCGAUGUGCGCGUGCGCUGUGGGUUGUCCCGGCGCCUGACGGAGACUCCGGGCCCAGGGAUGGGGUUUCGUCCUGCCCACACCACCAUGCCUGGAUCUCUUCCUGUGAAUGCUGAAGCCUGUUGGCCGAAAGAUGUAGGAAUAGUUGCUUUGGAGAUCUAUUUUCCUUCCCAGUACGUUGACCAAGCAGAGCUGGAGAAAUUUGAUGGAGUGGAUGCAGGGAAGUACACCAUUGGCUUGGGCCAGUCCAAGAUGGGCUUCUGCUCUGAUAGAGAGGAUAUCAAUUCACUCUGCCUCACUGUGGUACAGAAGCUUAUGGAGAGGAACAAUCUUUCCUACAACUGCAUCGGGAGACUUGAAGUUGGCACAGAGACAAUCAUAGAUAAAUCCAAAUCUGUAAAGACUGUCCUGAUGCAGCUGUUUGAAGAAUCCGGCAACACAGAUGUUGAAGGCAUAGACACAACCAAUGCAUGCUACGGAGGCACUGCUGCUCUCUUCAAUGCUGUUAACUGGGUGGAAUCCAGUUCUUGGGAUGGACGUUAUGCACUCGUUGUUGCUGGAGACAUAGCUGUGUAUGCAACUGGAAAUGCGAGGCCAACUGGAGGAGCUGGCGCUGUCGCUAUGCUUGUGGGUCCAAAUGCACCUCUGAUUUUUGAAAGAGGAUUGCGUGGGACACACAUGCAGCAUGCCUAUGACUUCUAUAAGCCUGAUAUGGUGUCUGAGUAUCCUGUGGUUGAUGGAAAACUGUCCAUACAAUGCUACCUCAGUGCUCUGGACCGCUGCUAUGCUGUCUAUCGUAAGAAAAUCCGUGCUCAGUGGCAGAAAGAGGGAAUUGACAAAGAUUUCAGCUUGAAUGAUUUUGGCUUCAUGGUCUUUCACUCUCCAUACUGCAAGCUUGUACAGAAAUCAGUCGCCCGUCUGUUGCUGAAUGACUUCCUUAGUGAUCAGGCACCAGUGAAAGAAAAUGGGAUCUACAAUGGUCUGGAAGCUUUUAGGGAUGUAAAACUGGAAGACGCUUACUUUGAUCGGGAUGUGGAGAAAGCUUUCAUGAAGGCCAGUGCUGAGCUUUUCAACCAGAAAACCAAAGCUUCCUUACUUGUAUCCAAUCAGAAUGGGAAUAUGUACACACCUUCAGUCUAUGGCUGCCUCGCAUCUCUCUUAGCUCAGUAUUCCCUUCAGCAACUGGCAGGACAGAGGAUUGGUGUUUUCUCUUAUGGCUCUGGGUUUGCUGCAACCCUGUAUUCUAUCAAGGUUACCCAAGAUGCAACCCCUGGUUCUUCCCUGGAUAAAAUAACUGCAAGCCUGUCUGAUCUGAAAGCAAGGCUUGAUUCAAGAAAAUGUAUCUCGCCAGAAGUGUUUGCAGAAAACAUGAUGCUCAGGCAGGAGACUCAUCACCUAGCCAACUAUACUCCACAAUGCUCAGUGGAUGACCUCUGCGAGGGAACAUGGUACUUGGUGCAAGUAGAUGAAAAACACAGAAGAACUUACGCUCGUCGCCCCCUGCUGGGUGAUGGGCCAUUGGAAGCAGGAGUUGAAGUUGUUCACCUGGGCCUUGCUCAUGAACACAUCCCUAGCCCUGCCAAGAAGGUGCCGAGGAUCCCUGGGAAAACUGGCUCUGAAGCAGUUGCUGUUUCCCUUUCCAAUGGGGAGCAUUAAGAUACCUCCGUGAGGUGGGAAGUGGAAAAAAUUAAGGAGGGGAGGGGGAUGUACAAGGGAUUAACUGUUGUUACUCAUAUUCUGCUGUACAUUACUGCUUAGUUGGAGCAUGAAAAGAAUUAAUCUUGAGGCUCUGUCCUUUGAUGCGGUUUGCUGACACGCGUUGUUUAAUAACACUAAAAAUCCACAGGUUCUUGGAAAAGAAAUGACCAAAGGCUGUUCCUGAGGAUAAUUGAUCUAAUGUAUAUGGGUAAAGAAAUAGGUACUUUUAAUUUAGGCUCAGGAAAACCCCAGUUAAGCUUAUCCUGCCUCCUGUUUUUAAUCUCUGCAAACUGGACAAAAUACACGUCCAGGGAGGAACCAAGACUUUUAAAAAGCCAUUAUUGAGAGAAAUUAAUGUGACCUUAAGCCAUUUGUGAGUCUUUUUAACAUCUUAAAUGUUAGGGGUUAUACGUGCCUUAAUGGUGUUAAGCACCCAGUCUCUUAAAUGUUCCACUCCCUCAAAACCCCCCCGUGUUUUUGAGGAGUGUGCAGCUGGCUUGUUUUUCAAGGUGCUGUUAAUUGGUGAAACCUUUCCCAAUUGGUACAUUAUCGGUACAACCCUUACCACAAAACUGGAGGUCUGAGACUUGCUGAUUUUAAUUUGAUUUCCAAUGGUGUGAUCCCUUUUUCCUAGAACUGCUCAUGGCAGAAUAUUGAAAUGGUGACGCUCUUUUGCAUGUUAGGAGGGACUGGCACGCUAGCUAACUCUGAACUUCACAUGUAAUCUUUCAUAAAGGUUACUUGAGAGCUUGCUUUGUAAGUUUCUUUCAGUGAAAACAAAGCGUUUGUCAGACUCUCACCCCAAGAACUAUUUUUGUUCAUCUUGGAACUUUUUGCUCCUUGAGGCUGUCCUCUGUGUGUGGUUGGAUCCUAUAGCAGUAGCUGUGGUUCUCAACUCCUGAGUGUAGCUGCAUUUUUUGGACUCCUUAUUUAAAACCUCAUAGGCUUCUGCAGGAGUACUGGAAGAUUGUAUUCUCAAAACACAUACCAUAGAGCAUGCCUGCGCAGGUAGUGACCCAUCAAACUGAAUGCAGCCCACCAAUGAUGUAUGGUGACCAGCUGGGGACUUGAUAAACCUCUGUUAGCUACCUGCUGUGCUUAAAAAUAAAGGUGCCUUUAGAGCAUUUGCCAGACCUGCAUUUGGCUAGAUGGGUCAGGAGUUACAUAGAACUGUUUUGGAAUGGUUCUCUUGGCUGACUUUGAAGUCCGUCAGUGAAAGUGCUUUGGUCAUUGCAGCAGGCUGUACGAACAUCACUCAAGGAACAGAACCUCUUGAGGAUGGCCAGCGAGCAAGUUGGGUGGGCUUGGAUGUAAACUGGAACUAAAGGAGGGAGAGCUCCUGGCUUGUAAAAUACAUUGUAUUUACGUUAAGCUUUCUUGGUUUUGUCUUCAGUUUUAUUUUGCUGUGAAAUUCAGCAUAAAGAAGGUUGGUCUAAAAAAAGGCUUGCAGAGUUAAUACGUCUCAUGCCAAGUUACAGGAUAUAAGGUUUGGCUGUAACAAAGUGUCUUUUCUUUAAAAAAGGCUGUCACUGACUAAAAUGGGAUAAUCAAUAUCUGUACAGCAUGUUUAGGUGAAGUGUUUUGACUUAACAUGAUUUGAUGAAAGUGGUCUGAAGUGCUGUGGCUGAAGUUUGACAAGGGUAUAAGCUGGGGGGUUUUGUUCGCACAUUGCCUGAUGAGCACCAAGUCCAUUGCAGGCAAUGGACAGGCCAAGAACCACAGCACAAAAUUAACCUUUAUAAACCUCACAAACUAUGAGGCAGAAGCUUUGUAAAAUAAACUUGGAGUUAUUUGAAUUA